GGGAUCGGUUCAUUGCGCCGGGUCGGGACUUUAGUUUCUCGGUGUUGAGAUCUAACCUUCCGCAGGAAACUGGAGUCAGAGGCAUGGCGUGCUACGGGGCGGAAGAGGUUGCGCGGGACGAGAAAGGGCGCCGAAGGGCAGAUGGCGGCAGCAACGGCGCGGUGGCCCAGCGUGGCGCGACAUCUCAGCAUGGUGGUGACGGUGUUGAGCGCGUGGGCGCGUCGUGGGCGCAAAAACGUCGAGGAUGCGGCAAGUCGGCGGCGCGACGCGCGACUCCAAGGCGGUGAGCGGCGGCUGUAGUUAUUAUUUUAUUUUAUUUUUUAAUUUUUUUUUACUUAUCUAUUUAUUUCUGUAUACAGAUAUAUUUUUUAGCUGCUUGAUGGUCUGUUCGACGCAGCGCAAGCAACCAAGGGGGAGCGAAAGGACUUGGAUUCUACCCAAUAUACUAUUUACAACUAUGGUUAUUGAAAAAGAAGCGCUUUUGCUUCCUUUUGCGUGUUCCGCCAACCACUGCGACGCGAGCAUUCAGCCCUACGGACCUCCUACGUAGUGACGAUCGGCUCCUCUUGGCGCGCACCAGCUCUUGUAUGACGCACUCUGCAAACAUUCUACUCCAACUCUCUCCGCGGAACAGCCAAUCCCAUACAGAGAACCCUCCCC